AUGACCGUGGAAUUUCCGCCGCAUAGUUUCGCGUCAACCAGCUGUGUCAAGUACCUCGGGGUCCAGUUCGACCCAAGGCAGCGUUUCUUGGAACACGCCAAAUUAGCGGCAAAAAGAGCGAUGGAGGCAGGCAGAUGCCUCGCCCAGAUCCUACCCAACCUCAGGGGUGCCAAGCAGAGGACCAGACGCGUGCUGUCAACGGUGGUGACAUCAAGGCUGCUCUACGGAGCACCUAUCUGGGCCGAAAAAAUGUCAGUCAAGGCAAUGGCCACAAUGGAGUCGGCAUACAGAAGGACGAUGCUGAGGGUCGCCUGCUGCUACAGCACGACGUCAUAUGACGCGGCCGCUGUGGUUUCCAGCAUGCCCCCCCUAAAGCUGCUGGCAGAAGAAAGGAGGAGCAUCUUUCUGGGGACCAAUAAGGAGGUUAAAAAAUGA